AUGGAGCCAGAAGCCUUAGAAAUUUGCCCUUACAACCCUCAACACAAAAUCCCACUCAGAAGAUUUCAGUACCACCUGGCAUCAUGCAGGAGAAAGAACCCCCAAAAAGCCAAAAAGAUGGCCAGCUGCAAAUACAACACCUGCCACGUGCUCCCCAUCAAAAAGCUGGAGGAGCCUGAGGCUGCCUUUGUCAACAGAAGCACAGUGGAGGAAGAGGACAGCUUGAGCCCUCUGAAGGUCAGCCUUCCGAGUUCAGAGCAGAACGGAAACACCCCUCCAGUGUCCCCCUGGCUCCCCAACCCCGAUGUCUGGAAUGUAGAUAGCACGAAUUGCCACCCCAUGUUUGUCCUUAAGACUUUUGAUCCCCAAAAGCUUGCUUGUGAAAGAGACACAAGAGAGUUAGAGAGAGAGGACCACACCCCAUCCCUGACACCCCCAGAAGAUCAUCAGACCAGGAGAGUAAACCGCCAGCCGCAGAAAGGAGAUGCAGGCCUCUUAAAUGCAUGA